AAGUUGUUUGCAAGACUGUCUUUCUAUGACAAGGACAGAUAAACAGUAUGAGAAGAGGGACCAUCAAGAGGUCAAAACAGCUGCUUUCUGUGCUGCUUUUUAUAUUGGCAUUUACCUUGAUGACCCAAGAGCAAAUAAUGAUGUAUAUCAGUGACGUCAUGGCAAAAAAUGCGGAUGUAUUAAGAGAGGGUAAAUCAAGAUAUGAUCCUAUCAGAAGAAAUGCAAGUGCACUUGUCUAUGAAAGAAUGUUUCUAAAUUUAACAGUUUCCUCAUUCAUGGACACGGUAGCACUGUCGUCAACAACAACGACAACUACAACUUCUACUACAGCUGAGUCUAGGAAGUAUAAAACGAAUGGGGAGAGAAAUGCAGCACGUACCAUUGAAGUUUGUAAAAAAUAUCAGAAUUUCCAAGAUAAAGAAUUUCCUAUCACUGUAAGAUUUAACAGAAAUAAAUCUUUACUGUUUUGUCCUAUAUAUAAAGUUGGCACCACGUUUUGGAGACGUGUUCUUAUGAUAGAGAGGGAAAGAAAAUAUUCGAAACUUAUCAAUCCAUAUGACCUACCAUUUGACAGAGAAUAUCCUUCAACAAAAUUGAUUUGGAGGGAAAAUGCAACUAACGAAGUUUACAAAGUAUUAUUUACUCGUGAUCCUUUUAACAGAUUAUUCUCUUUCUUUGUUGAUAAAAUGCUUGCACCGAAUCCUUUUUUCUGGAAAAGUGUCGGGGUGAAGGUCGCUGUCCUAACUAGAGGAAUUAAAAUGGAAAAUUUUAGAUCUGUUUGUGGCCAUGAUAUAUCAUUCUCAGAAUUUAUAAAGUAUGUUAUAUACACCCUAGAAACAAGAAGAAAUAUUGAUCCACACUGGGUUGAAAUGAACAAAAAUUGUCAUCCGUGUGAAAUUAAGUAUAACUUUGUCGGUAAAAUGGAAGAAUUUCAAGAAGAUUCUAUUCAGAUUCUUACUAAACUUGGAUUAACAAAGAUGGUUUUAUUCCUUAAUACCAGUGGAAAAGAUGCAGCAGUUGAUGAUGCAAUUAAAGAUACAUUGAAUCAGCCAUUUUCAUUUCAUACUAAGUAUAAAUCGUGUGUUUCGUUCAAAGAUGCGUUACUGCGUGCUUGGAAGAAGUUACAGAUAAGAGGUCUGAUCGGAAACGACACACUGGACGUGAGGCACAUAAAUGAAACGACCACGACACUUAAUGACAUGAUAAAGCGUGCACAUUUAUCAAGACAUAUGUCAUCAUCAAUCAUGCGUAAACAAAUUAAAGACGAAAUGUACAGGAAAUUUUGGAGUACAGUGCCUAGAGGGGAUAUUCAAAAACUUCAAAAACUUUAUGCUGUAGAUUUUGAACUUUUUGGUUAUGAAAACUAUCCGGAUAUACCACCUGCAUUUCAUUCGAGAGAAGCAUAAGAGUGACUUGUGUUUUCUUUCAA